AUGUUAGGCGGUGGUACAGGCUUCAUUGGCAGUCGUCUGAGAGCGUUGUUGAAAUUUGAAGAUUAUGACAUCAAAGUAAUAUCAAGAAUAGGGACAGGAGAAAAACACAUAAUAACAUGGUGUGAUUUAGCAAGGAACGGUCUUCCCGAAAACACGGUAUGCGUUAUAAAUAUGACGGGCGAGAAGAUCAUGAAUCCAUUGAAAAUUUUCAAUCAGAAAUUUAAAGAAGAAAUAUGGGUUAGCCGAGUGGGGACAACUGCGUUUCUCACGGAUAUUAUAAACAGAUCGGAAUACAAACCUAACGUUUUUAUUAACGUUACGAGCACUGAUAUUUAUCCGAAAGAUGUGAUCAGUUCGGAGUUCUGUCCUUGUGUGAAGGUUCCCAAUAAUUUUUUUUCCGCCCUGUGGUAUGACUGUGAAAAAGCAGGCAGUCAAGUUUCCACGGAAGUCCGACAUGUCAUAAUCAGAUCAGGCACUGUAUUGGACAAAAAUGGCGGAUACGUCGGGAAUUCAUACAUUCCAUUUUAUUUGGGCCUUGGAGCGACAAUCGGUGAUGGAUGCCAACAUCAUCCUUGGAUACACAUGGAUGAUUUGUGUGGUAUCAUUAUGCGUAGCAUGAAAUGUGCUUCUAUCUGUGGUGUAUUGAAUGCUGUAUCGCCUGGAAUAAUAACCAACCGACAGUUGUCCGAAAGUUUGGCUAACACAUUAAAUCGAAAUGUCAAAUUCCGUGUAUCUCAAGGACUGUUGGGUUUACUUCUGGGAAUCGAAAGAACGACUUGUCUUUUGGAAGACAGGCAAGUUCUACCGGAAAGGGCGAGACAGAUAGGCUGUGAAUUCUAUUUUUGUGAUAUAAACGAAGCUAUGAAAAAUAUUUUACGUUGCUGA